AUGGCUGCUACUAUUGUGGUGGAGCGAGGUGCAGACCCUGACGUAUUCGAUGGUCAGGGUUAUUACCACAGGCAGUUGGCAGCCGACAAGGAGGAGCUUACGUUCGAGAAGCUCAAGCAAGACCUUGAUGCCGGUCAUCUAGAGGGCGUUUCCAUCGCCAAUAUUCUUCGGAUCUUGGUCGAAUACUUGCCUGCACUGGGGAAGUUCAAGAAGGAUGUCGACAACCUGCAGCGCGUCAAGUACGCAAAGUGCCACGUGCAGGCUACCAAGAUGGAGUAUCACCCGCUUGAGUGCACAGGCUUCAAUGAGGCUUAUACCCAGGGGAAUAGGGAUGUGGUGCUGGAUGCUUUCAUGCGGCAGUUGGGAAUCAGCUGCCAAGAAUUGGAGUCUAGGCAGUUCCCAGUCUCAGUGGUUGAGCUCUGUCACAUGAAGUGGGCAUUUCUUAAGGGUGUCUAUAAAGCCCAUUGGGCUACAAAAACUGGUAAAGGUGACCUUGGCCUCUGCUUCACAGCAGAGCCCUUGGCCACAAGAUCAACACUGAAAAGGUGUAUCCUGUGCGGCCACUCUUCUGCACAGCUCCUUGUGUCAUCUGGCCAGGCUGACCGACUUCACCUCCUUGAGGAGCCCCGAAAAAUCUAUUCCACUUAUGGGACAACAGAGGCUGUGACCUUUGCAUGCCUACAUGAUAUACAAGCUGCCACCAAUUUUUUCGAUUCUUCUAUGCCCCAGGGCUUUUCAAAUCCCCUGGCCUUUGCGCCUUCGUCUGUGGCAUCCAACCCCAACCUCGAUGAUGGUCUUGCUUUUACUAAUGAUGACAGUGAUACCGAGGAAGAUCAAAAUCCAAGCAGCAGUAUCACUUGGUCAAGUGCAAGUGACCCAUCUCAUAACAUGGGAGAUGUUGAGUCAGCCACACAACAGGUGUCAUCUAACGGGGAUGACAAAGGUGACACCCUGCUUUAUAAUAACAUACUUCUUUACUGUGAUCUCCUUCUUCUAUACAAGUUUAACUCAAGCAUCCAUGAUGGUGAUGCCAGCCGAACGUUUGAGGUGAUCAAGUGGCUCCGUCAAACUACGGCAAUGAGCUAUUGCACCAGGCAUGCGACUUCUGGUGGCAUUUGUCACCAGAGGCUUGUUUGA